UUGUCGAAAAGCUUCGGUCGAAUAAAGGUUCACUGUUCGGGGGUUGUCACGGGAAACCGCUAUUCACUGCGCCCGUGCGCGUGGUAAGCCUGUUCAAUCCGCCGUAAUUGGCUGUCGAGGCUCCGUCACAUAUCCCCAAGUGCGGUCCACAAAGGCAUUGUUGACCAGCCGGGUUAGGGUUGUGCUGCGUCCGGCUGGAGUGAGCUUCCAGCGCGCAGAGACCGAUUGGAUCCUGUAUUGGUGGUGAGUAGUCUCCUUUUAUCUCUCUCCGUUGCUGAGAUGUUUGAUGUCAACUUCCAUUCUGUUUGACCUUCGUGCACACAACGCUUCCAAACAGACCAAGAGGCGAAGAGGUGAGGGAGUGAUGCUACGGAUCGUAUGGGAUACAGUUCAUCCGCACCUUCCUUCGCGUCCUCUCUACUUCCUUCCACUUUGACACGGCUGACAAAGACAACUAGCACUAGACGAUGGCAUCGUUGGACUUCGAUCAGAAAUUUCUGGGCCGAAUCGCCAAACAAACCGAACAAACCAACCCCUUGCUGUCCAACUCGCUGUACCAGAUCCUCGGCCUCUCUGUUCUGCUAUCACGACGGCUGGUUCGAGCCCGGAAGCUACGCAAACUAGAUACGUCGCGUGACACGCCCUCACUUGCAACCUACCAGCAUAUCCUCUGGCUCUCUCGUGAGGGACUGUCCAUUCUAGAGCUCUAUGUUCUACCCUAUGCGCAGGACAAUCAGCAAGGCCCAGAAUGCAGGGUCCUCAGCGUCAAGCUGCGGGCUAGCUUCUAUCACAUAUUCUGUCUAUUUCACAAUCAGCCUCCAGUGACGGCGGCGAACAUACCAUCCAACGAUUUAUACGGCCAGCCGAGGGAUCCGUCGCCGUCUUCAAAGCGAGCUGGCAAGCAGCCGAUGCUUCGUGAUCCAAUCGAUUCCAUCACCUCAGAGACGUCGUUCCUCACAAAUCCAUAUGCCAGUGGUGGGCCAGUAGGGACACCUUCGCCAGGCCCGCUCAACCCGCCGCCGGGCCUCAAUCCCAUACCGAUCCCGCAGCCAUCGUCCUUUCUUCUGCCGCCUCUAAACUUUAUUCCCCUUGCCGGAGGCUACUUCAACACAGCCACCGCGUACGCCACCGCGUUCCUGCCCGGAUCGCACCCACUGCGGCUCUCCGUCGCUUUGGAACACAGUGCUUUCCUUUGGGAUUGCGUCCACGACCAUGAAGGAUCUCGUCGCUUAGCCCGCCGCGCCAUCAAGGAUGUCUACCGCGCGCAGGAGGCUAUGGAUGAUAGUGAAUUCGAGGACGCCGCGGAGCUGGUAGGUAUCUUGGGAAGAAUGAUGAAGCGUAAGGACUGGGAGGGCACACCUCGCGUGGGUGCUCCGAGUCCCAACCCUCCUGAAGCAACAAGUAGGGACGAAUCUUGGGGACACGAGGAAAAACGAAAUGGAGGACCUGUGCAACCGGCCCCUACUCAUGGAAGCCCUCAAGCGUCUAGGCGAACGAACGAAGGAGAGUCAACACCUAAGACACCCGCUCAUAAAGCUGGGUCCGGAAAUCGAAGUAGAUCCAACUCGGUCAAGCAGUCCGGGCAGAGGAAGAACAGUGGAGCCGGAAGUAGCGAUCAUACACCCCGGAUAGGCUCACAACGCAGUAGCGGAGGAAGCCAGGAUCGCACACCUCGAGCGGAUCCAGCUCGGCAAUGGGAAGGAAGUCAAGACAAUACGCCUCGUGCAAGACAGGUCAGCAUGGAGAGUGGAGGUAGCACUACGCCCAGGGCUCCCCAGGGUGUAGGCGGCCGCUCACCUGCAACUCCUUCUACAGUGCGGACGAUACAACAGCAGCCUGGUAGCGGCGGGAGUUACAAGGGCAAGUCGCCCAUUAUGCCCAUCAGCCCGGCGGUGGCAGCUGCGUCGGAUUCGGUUCGAGGUUCGCCGACCCUACGACGUUCGCCUCCACUUCGGGUAUCCCCUGUACAGGAGAACAACGAUAUCUACGCAAGACGGCAGAGGUGACUUGUGGACAAGGGUCGAGGCCCGUCACGGAAGAUGGGAGUGCAGUGGACAGUGCCAGACUACGAGGCCGAGAUUGUGCUUCUCCCAUCUACGCGCUCGCCUUCCGCUUCCUCGACCCCGGUUCAUUCGACUCAGUGAUUUCUGCAGUCGCAAUUCUGAUCACCCUGUGGUUCGCAUACAGGAAGCUCGGCCUUAUCAUAGCUACGAAUGGACGAUGACACGACCUCUCUACGAAGACGAGCGACAAGAUGACUUAAGAAGUAUUAGCUGCCAUGACACACCUCCCCAUCUGUACUAUAUGGGCGUUCGAGGCUUCCUUACUGAUUUGGGAUGUACAGACUGCAGCUCAGCGCGGAGUUGGGGGAUUUGCAUGCAUGGCUGAUCUGCAAGAUACCACUGUUCCAGUUGGUAGUUUUUGACUCGGGGAGAUGUGGAGGUAGAUAGAUGAUGGAUAUGAAUUGAAAAG